AUGAGUCAGAUUUGUUCUUUGAAUGGAUUUAGGGGAGCCGAUGGCUCGUGUUCCUUAUCAGAUGGGGAUCAGAAAACCGUCCUUAUUCUUCAAGGGCCUUCAGCGAUUGGCCAUGACAACGAGAAGACCUAUCGACAUAUUGGCCACAUUAACCUUCAUUCCACUACCUUCCAACAGGAUGAACCCCGGAUUGGAGAUUUGUUGUUACUCAAAUUACUUGAAAACUGCAUCGACCGGAAGUUAUAUCCCCGAACUGAGAUCUUGAUUCAUUCCGAUGUGCAGGAUAUUUAUAAUAAUGGCAUUGACUGGAGAUCUUUUAACGGGGCCAGUCUUUGUUUAUUGGACGCUGCGAUUCGGAUGAAUUACUUCUUCGCCGCCGUCCUGGUUGCCAAUAUUUUUGAUGAAGAUGUCCGGAAGAUUGAAGUUGUGGUCAACCCCGAAUCACGACUGCUUCCCAAAGCCAAAAACAUGUUUCUCUUUGUUUUUAAGCCUUCUUUAAUUGAGCCGGAAUUGAUUGGAGAGUCAUCUUUUGGAGAUUUUAGCUUUGAUGAAUUGGAAAUAGCCCUCGAAUUGGGGAAGAAACAUUCCCUAAAGUCCCUUGAUUAUAUUCGACAUGAGAUAUCUCUGAAGUUGAACAAGAACCUUUAA